CAUGAUAUCAGUGUAGGCACUAGUAUAACCAGUGCCGGUAUGUAAGCAGUUGGCGAUUGAGAUUGUACGCGGUACAGUUUAAGCGGUAUAUUUGACAGAUACUGAUUCAUCUUUCUGAAACAUUAUUAAAAAUUUUUUUUAAACUCUUUAAUACAUACAUAACGCGAGGUUAAUUAAUAGUAAGCAAGAAAUAUUAUUUUAUUCUUCCAUCAUCCAAGAACUGGUGGUCAAAAUGGCGGAAAAGAAUGACUCGCCGGGUUCCACCUCAAGUUCUACCGGGCAGGAAAGUCAACAACUACUUUCAAGCUUCAUCGCUGAAAUCAUAAAGAGUCCUAUAAAUCUCCUUUUAGUAGGCGUGAUCGCUUUUUUAGUUUACAAAAUUGUUAAAAGCAAGACGAAGGUUGAAGAACCCGUGAAAGAGAUAAAAAAACUGCCAAAAAUACGACGUGACUUUACAGUUGAAGAGUUGAAAAAAUAUAAUGGCAAGGGACCAGAUGGACGAAUAUUAAUUGCUAUAAACGGUAGUGUUUACGACUGUACUCUUGGUGCUCACUUUUAUGGCCCUGGUGCUCCGUAUGAGGUAUUUGGUGGGAAAGAUAUUAGUAGAGCCCUAGCAAAAUUUUCAUUGGAAACGUCACAAGAAUAUGAUGACCUAAGUGAUUUGAAAACUGGAGAGAUGGAAUCUAUGAGAGAGUGGGAAGAACAAUUUAAAGAAAAAUAUGAUUAUGUGGGAAAAUUAUUGAAACCCGGUGAAGCACCUACAAAUUAUUCAGAUGAGGAAGAUGAAGGUAGUCAACUAGAAAAUGAAACAAAAUCUAAAAAUGAUUGACUGCUUGAUUGUACAUCAAAUGCCAAACAGUCUCAGAAGGAUAUUGCGCGCACACCAUUAAAAAAACUCUUAAAAUCGUGGCUCAUGAAUAUAAUUAUGGACAUUUAUCUGGAUAUUUUAUUACAUCAUAAUAAUAUUAAAAUAAACACUAAAAUGGUAUCUUUUGAUCAAGUUAAAAGUAUAUAACUGUUCAAAACUGGUGUUUAUGUGUGAAGAUCUUUUUUAAGUAUCCAAUUUUUCAAUCAAUAAGGAUACUCCAAUAGUAUAAUGUUUUUAUAUAUGACUAGACAUAAGAGAGAAAACUUUGAGCCAUUAAAUAUCUUUGUUUAUAUUAUUCGCAUUUUGCAACAUAGCAUUUCGUACAUACAUAUAAUAUAUGUAUUUGGAAUCUGUAAACUUUAAUAAAAUGAUGUUAUAUUUGACAUGCAUUCGAAAUUUAAUAUUAAGUUAAUGCAAUAAAUUGCAUAUUUACAUUGUAAUAGGAGAAAAUAUUUUCUUAACAUAAAAACAUUAUGCUUUCUAAAAACAAAAUGAUACCAUCUAAGAGAUACAGAAUAACUUCAGUUCUUUUUAGCUAUAUUUAUUCUACAAAGAAUAAAGUAUAAAUCAAAUAUCAGUCUCAAUUUUGAAACAUUUUUGUAUACAACAUUAAAAAGCAACAUUAAAAUUCUAUUUGAAAGUUUAUAAAGAAUGAUGCACGUUAACUAGUCUUUUUUAUAUGAAAGGAAAUGAGUACGUGUGAAUCUUGCUAUAAAUUUUAAUGCGUUACGUAAUUGUUUAAAAAUUGAAAUUUGUUUAUCAGUUAUUUUUAAAUUUAAAAGACGUGAAAAUAUAUACACAUAUAUAUUGUUUAUUUUUAAAAUAUAUGCAUUUUCUUAAUUAUUUGUGUGAUUUAUCCUAUUAUAGUUGACACUAUUUCUAUAAUAAAAAAGUAUAUAGAUAUUAAUUAAGGUAAAUUAUAAAUUUGAAUUUUUAAAUAAUGUUGUUAAAGGAAGUAAAGUCUAAACAACUACAUGUAAUUUAAUAAAACCUAAUUUGUUUCGUUUACAAAUUAUUAUGAAAGAAAGGAAGCAUUCUGCUAUUGUGUAUAAUUAUCCAAAAAUUAAUAUGUGAAUGAUACUCUGUAGAUAAAACAAUUCCGUAUCAUUCCCACAAAACAAAAAUAUUUGUAAACUUUUUGUAAUUGUAUCAUAUCACAAACAUUUCGUAUUUGUAAGUAAUAUUCAUUUUAAAUUGAUUUGAAAUUGAUUUCAAUUUCAAAAAGCGAUACUGAAAGAAACUGCAUUUUUUCUAUAACACUACGAUACAGAUGAUAUUCACUCAAUCUUUAAUAUAGUCAUCAUGUAAUAAGAGACUGAGUUCUUUUGUGAAAAUUUUUAUUGUUUAUAAAAUUUAUGAGAAUAAUGCAUAUUAUAUAUAUUUAUUCCAAUUUGUACAAAAACAGUUUGCUCAGAUUAAAAUUUUAAUCAAGUACUUGACCAAAUUAAACGUGCUUUAUACCAACAUAUGUUAUUUUCUUAUACGUUAAAUAUGUGAUUUAUUAAUUACGGAAUAUUUUAUUCUUAUUAUUGUCAAUAUGAUUUAUUACAAAUGUUAUAUCAUAUCUAUGUAUGUUGUUAUACUUUUUCUGUUAAUUGGUACGUAUGUUUGUGUGUUAAUUAUUCCAAUAUUAUACCGACCAGUUAGAAUUUUAUGUAAGAUUAUUUAUAGAAAAUGUUAUGUAUUGAUAUGUACUUUCUGUUAUUAUUAAAAAACGAGUGGAUAGUUCGUAAGGUGCAGGUUUGAAUGACCCUACUAUUAUAUGCAAUUAUAUGGAGAUCAUAUUAAUUCUUGUUUAUAUUAAAAAAAAUAAUUUCUUUCAAACA